GUGGACAGACUGGACAGACGGACUGCAGUCCCUCUGCUGCUCUCGCCCGCUGUGCUAGAGCACAGACAGACUCGGACUAAAAGAGAAACCAGACAGAAAAGCAAAUGGUAAACAAGUUAGUUAGUUAAUUGUUUGACUUUGGGACACCAUGGUGAAACAGCGACGCGCCAGAGCGCAUUCCUGUUGCGCAGCUGUUGCGCCCCUUUGUUGCAGAAGAGGACCACUAAAGACUCUGACAAAGCCCGCCAUCUUUGCCAGUGAGACCAGUUGUGACUGUCGCGCCCCUCAUGAGAAGCUCAGCAUCGCUCAGGCCCGCAGAGGCACCCCAGUGGACCGGCCAGUCAGAGUCUACGCAGAUGGCAUCUUUGACCUGUUCCACUCUGGACACGCUCGUGCUCUUAUGCAGGCCAAGAACCUCUUUCCCAACACCUACCUCAUAGUAGGAGUGUGCAGUGAUGAGCUGACCCAUAAGUACAAGGGUUUCACAGUCAUGACAGAGAUCGAACGUUAUGAAGCGCUGAGACACUGCCGCUAUGUCGACGAGGUUUUGAGAGACGCACCCUGGACUCUUACGCCGGAGUUCUUAGAGAAACACAAGAUCGAUUUUGUGGCUCACGAUGAUAUCCCUUACUCCUCAGCAGGAAGUGAGGACGUCUAUAAACACAUCAAGGAGGCAGGGAUGUUUGUGCCAACACAACGGACAGAAGGAAUCUCAACGUCUGACUUGAUCACCAGAAUUGUGAGAGACUACGACGUCUACGCCCGACGCAACCUCCAGCGUGGCUACACAGCCAAGGAGCUGAAUGUCAGCUAUAUCAAUGAGAAGAAGUACCGGCUGCAGAACCAAGUGGACCGAAUGAAGGAGAAGGUCCGCACAGUCGAGGAGAAGAGCAAACAUUUUGUUUACCGUGUGGAGGAGAAGAGUCACGACCUCAUUCAGAAGUGGGAAGAGAAAUCUAGAGAGUUUAUUGGCAACUUCCUAGAACUGUUUGGGCCUGAUGGGACUUGGAAACAAGUGUUUCAGGAGCGCAGUGGACGAAUGCUGUCCUACGCUCUGUCUCCCCGAGAGUCGCCGUGCAACAGUCCUCCCCGUGAACUGUCCCCCCUGCGCUCUCCCUCGCCCCCGUCGCCUCCAGCCCGCUGGCACAACGCACGGCCCUCACCCCCAACCUCCCCCAAAGGAGCAUCUGCCUCUAUAAGCAGCAUGAGUGAAGGCGAUGAGGAUGAGAAGUAGAUGGAUUAUUGAACACACACA